AUGUGCAAAUUUGUGCCAUCCAAUGUCGACCACUCUCUCAAAGUUCGAGAUGAAUAUACUCUCAUCAUCGCUUGCGUCGGAGUUGGUAAUGUUGGUCAGCUCUGUAUGGAUGUACUUAUAUCAUCACUGGAACCAGUCUUCGUUGGUUAUCUCAAUUCAUCCAGUGUUCCACCGAUUGUUGGAUCCACACCUUAUCCAGAGCUUAUUUCAUCCCCUUCUUUAGCUUGUUCUCUAGAGCUGUACGACGAUGACAGUCGAAAAUUAUCAUUUCUUCAGGUUCGAGUUCCAGUAUUCAGCGGUGCUCGUGAUCAGUUUGGAAAAGAGCUUGCUCACUUUGUAUCGGAACAGAAGUUUUCUCGUGAUCAACAGCUACGCGGUCCGCCCCUUCAGUUUACAUCGACUCAUUCUAGCGAUGAUUUGGAAGCUCUUUCUCGAAUUGGACUUACCCAGUUAGCCCAAGAAGAAGUUAUUGAUUACGACUCUCAUGGUGGCCGAAUGGUUUUAAAUCUACCUGGCUCAGGGGCCACAAUCAGCAUAUACUCGUCUCUCGAGAAAAUGAAAUCUGUACCAACUAUUCUACUUAAUAUGUUCACUUGUGAUGGAGAUAAUAGAAAUGAUGCCUUCUUUAUGGCCCAUGCGAUUAAUGGAUGGUUGAAAAUCAAUCCUGCUGAAGGCGUGGAACCUUGGAAAUCUCCAGAAUGUUGGAAAAUGCUCUUUGGAAGUGCCUAUGACCCAGCCCUGUAUUAA